GCAUCGUGCGCGCCGUGACGUUCGUGCUUUCCUCCUAUACACGCUGCGUUGCGCGAAAAAAUACGCUCUCUCAACUAUACUAUACACUACUACACUAUAUACCACGAUUUACAGAGAGCAAGCUUGGUGUCGGUUCGCUGAACCUCGCUCUGUAUCAUCCUCGCCAGCUUUUGAAAUUUUCAGAGAAAUCUUUUCCGGAAUUUUCUCAAAACUGGAACAUUGUGCAAUUGUGUUUGUGGUGGUGGUUGCAGCUUUUUUUGUGCCGCUGCUGCGAAUCGUUAUUCGAUAUCGCUCCGAAACGGGGUGACAAACGUACGACGUAACCAGCUGCUCCGACUUGGAGAACGCGCGCGCGAUCAUCGGUGUGUGCCCGCAAUCAAGUGCAUCACAGUUUUUCAGUGUUGUUGUUCAGUCGUUGUCAUCGUUGUUUGUUGUUUGUUAUUGUUGUUUGGGUGAUAUAUCGGUGUGCGAUACAGUGAUUUUACGUCAAUUACAGUGGUGAUCGAUGUUGAAGUCGAACCAGCAACGACACUCGACCAGGUGUUUUAGAGCAGGGUCGAAAAACUCCAUUUCAGUCGCAAAGACGAGAUGAUCAUUCGACCGCAACGAAGUGUACAUUUUUGAUUUUUCAUUAUAUAUAUUCGUGAACAGUGAUCGAAAGGUUGAAGAAGAAAAAAGUGAAAAAUCAAGUGUGCGAGGAGAAGGAGCAAAGCAAUAGUAGUUUUCGCAGUGCAAUAAUCGCCAAUAUUAUAUAAAAAUAGUGACGUGAAUAAUCGCGAAUGAUUUUCAUGACGUGAUCGACGGAAAAGCGAAGAAAAAGAGUGUGUUGCGAUCGCGAAGUGAAUUGCAAUCGACGAUCAUGAAUACUUCGCUAACCAGGAUAGCAUCCACGAUGUGGAUCGUCGCGGCACUCCUCAUAGCUGGCCUCGGAGUUGGUCGAGCGCGUGGCUCCGAGGAGACGCAAGUUGACACGCACGAGGGCUCGACGGUGCUACUCAAGUGUCGCUUCAACAAGCCAACUGUCAAUGCCACCUACUUCUGGCUCACUCACACGAACAAUGCCCAUGACAAUGCAGCCAUCGGUCGGGAUUCUCUGGCCCCCUAUUACCGUGUCUCGCUGCGCGCCGAGCAAGGUCAGUACGACCUGGAGAUCCGCAACGUCUCGUACGAGCGCGACAACGGCAAGUACGAGUGUCGCGUCAAGAUGAGCGGCACCGGCGAGAAUCUCUACCACAAGAACAUCACGCUGACGGUUCUGCGGCCACCGGGUCCCCCGAGCAUCACUCCCUCGAACAGCGUCGCCAAGGAGGGCGAGCGCCUCGAGCUCACCUGCAACACGUACGGUGGCAGUCCCGAGCCCGAGGUCAGGUGGUAUCGCGGCGACGACUCCCAUCAAGUGGUCGCCACCGGCCGCAACUACGUCAUGAUCCCGUCGAAGGACGACGAUAGGUCGGUGAUGCGCUGCGUCGUGCGCAAUCGCGCCAUGAAGGCCGGCGAGAAUCUCACGGCUCGCGUCGUGCUCAACGUCAAUUACUUCCCGAGGGUCAAAGUCGGCACCGACAAUCCCUUGAAGGUCGAGCUCAACAACCUGGCCACCCUCAAGUGUAACGUCGACGCCAAGCCCGCCGUAGGCAAUGUGCGCUGGAUGAAGGACGGCAGCUUCGUCGGUACGAGCUUCAAUCACGUGAUACACAAGGUGACCAUGCAAGACGCCGGACGAUACACUUGCCAGGCUGACAACGGUCUGAGCAAGAAGGGCGAGAGCUAUCUUAUUCUCGACGUUCAGUACCCUCCGACCGUCUCCAUCGAGGGCGAUAGACUCCGAGAGGUCGAGGUCGAAGAUACCGUAGCUGUACACUGCAACGUCUCGUCCAAUCCCCCAGCAAGCAAAAUCGAGUGGUUCCGUGAUGGACGUCCGGAAUUCCGAGUCACUGGAUCGAUUUUGCGAUUGUCCCGCGUCACGGCCGAUCACGCUGGCAAUUACAGCUGUCGCGCGUCCAACUGGGUGCAUCCGUCGAACGGCGAACGCAGAGAACACACGGCCAGCGCCAAUGUGGAGAUCCGUGUUCGACACAAGCCCGGUCCAGCUCGCAUCACGCCUGACUCGCCCGUGGCCAACGAGUCCACCAAAGUCAUCCUCACGUGCACGGCCAAUCCACCCGGCUAUCCCGAGGCCAGCUUCAAGUGGUCGCGCGAAGACGACAGCGGAAUCAUGCCCAACGAGCACUCCGGAUCCAAGUACGAGAUCGCAGCGGUGCACCUCGGCAGCGAGGGAAUUUACCGCUGCCAUGCCUUCAACGAGAUCGGCAACGGCGAGGCGGCCUCUGUUAAUUUGACCGUACAGCAGCCACCCAAGAUUCUUACCAAGCUCCAGCCACACGUCACGAGGAAGGUUGGUGAAUCUUCCUUCCAAGUGUCUUGCGUAGCUCAGGGCAAACCUCGUCCAUCGGUGCGUUGGCUCAAAGACGAUCGCGAACUAACCGCUGAUCAGAGCUUGUAUCGAGUGACAACGAUCAAUAACGAGGGCCAUGGACGCGUCAUAACUGUAAACUCAACUCUCAGCUUUUUGGGUAACGCUCGUCCGGAAACCGACAAGAUAAUCGCUAACGAUCGUGGCAAGUACACCUGUGUCUUCGAGAACGACGUCAAGAAAGUCGAGUCGCAAAUGAUGCUCAAAGUCGAGCACUCGCCGAUCGUGUUGAAUAUCUACGACAAGGUAGCAGCUGAUUUACGCGAGUUCGCCAACGUCACGUGCAAGGUCCAAGCAUGGCCCAAACCUGAGUUCCAGUGGAGCUUCGGUACGAACAGUGCCCCUCUCCAAGGCUCGUCCAGUGAUGCUCAUUACGAGAUUUCGACGACGAGCGACCAGUACGACGUGUACACAUCCGUCUUGAGAAUCGCCAAGAUCCGCGACUCCGAUUACGGUGACUACAGCUGCCGUGCCGCAAACGCCCAGGGUAGCAUCACCUCGACCAUCAAGUUACAGCCUAAAGGUGCUCCCGAGCAACCGAUCAACGUGAGAGCCAUGGAUGUCGGCCCAACGUUCGUUGCCUUGGUCUGGGAUCUCGUCUUCGACGGAGGCUUGCCCAUGACUAAGUACUUCAUCUCGUAUAGGCGAGUAGCCGGCAGUGACGAUGUAAUCGCUCCGGACUGCGCGCCUCCACAUAGCACCACCUCCGGGCAGUGGCAGGAACUCGACUGUCGCAAGUCGAACCCUUGCAACGUUACCGACUUGGAUCAGCAUCAGUCUUAUGCCUUCAAGGUAAAAGUGUACAAUACCCUCGAUCAUUCGGACUAUUCCGACGAAGUUGUCGCUACAACUGCCGUAGCAAAAAUUCCUCAGCCGUUGCGAAUCACCUACGAUCCAGAGGGAGGUGCUCUGGCUAUCACCACGGGUCCAACUUGUUUGGCUCUGGUAGCUUCGAUCGAAAAAUCAGACUCCGGUUUGAACAACAAAUGGAAUCCCGUUGACGAAUGGCCGCUCGACGUGCGCGGCGAAGUAAGCACACAGCGCGAGGGUAUCCUCGAUGAUCCCACCGCGUCGAGCUCCGAGCCGAGGAUUCGCGUCAGGUUCUGCCUGAAAGCAGACAGACAGCGCUGCGGCGAAUACGUCGAAGCCGAAGUUGGGCCGUCUUACAUCGCGCAAGCUGGUGCGCUCGCGACCCCGACGCUCAUAGCCCUGGUGGUGAGCGGCGCAGUGUUUCUGCUGUUCGUUGCGCUGCUGCUGCUGUUCUGUCGCUGUCGCAGGAAACACGCUGCCAAAGCCAAAGACUACGAAAUGGACUCGAAUGCCGUGAGGCCGAGCUUGGUUACGAGCAACGGCGGUCAAACGCAGGCGCCUCCACCAUAUUACGCCGAGAACAAGGCACUCGAGCACAGUCUGGAUCAUGCCUUGGCCCUCGAGGACUCCAAGAGCCCGGCAUACGGCCAGACAGGAUACGGAUACCACCAGUCCAAUCACAAUAUCAAUGGUGUCAACAUGGGUUAUAUGGAGAACAGUUAUUCGAAUUCGAACAACGGCGGCUCGGUCAAUUCGCAAGACUCGAUAUGGCAGAUGAAAAAUGCAGCUGCCAACGGCGUCGGAGUCAACACCGGUGUCGUCGGUAAUCCGUACGACAUGGGUGGUUACGCGCCAACCGAGUCCGACUAUCCAGCCCAUCAGCACUAUAUGCCACAGGCCGAAUACAGAGAAAGUCACAAUCUGAGUAGACAACAGUUUUGCGAACCUUUCAAAAAUCAAAAAUUAAUAGACUCACCCUAUGAUGUGUCGGGAUUGCCAUAUCAAGAGAAUUACGGUGAAGAGGAGCCAAAACCACCACAAGGUGUUAGUUUAUCUUAUGACGAUCCAUCGAUGGAGUCGGGCUACUCGACGCCCAACAGCCGGGCAAGGCGCAUAAUCCGCGAAAUCAUUGUCUGAGAUCAACAGACCGG